AUGACUUCGGAGACGAACGAAUCGCUCCCCAAAGCAAAUGGAGCACUUCCAGUGGUAGAAGCAGAUGUUGUGAAGUGUGUGGAUGAUGUGAAAAUUCAAGAAAAUGAUGAGAAUCAACUUCCAGCAACAGCAAAAGUUGAACACUUCGACAUGCUGCAACACAUUGGAAGCGGAGCCUAUGGAGAAGUUGCCGCAGUGAAGAAGAAUGUCGGAAAGGACAUUGGCGUCGUCUACGCCAUGAAAGCUAUGGAUAAAAAGAGAAUGGGAAAACACAAGGAGAUGGUGGAUCACGAAUGGAAGAUCCUCACCACUGUUCGCCAUCCACUGAUGAUGAGAAUGAAGUACGCCUUCCAGACAUACCGCCACAUCGUCUUCAUUAUGCCUCUCGCUGGCGGAGGGGAUAUGUUGACUAUGAUGGAUAAAGGAUGUCUGUCGGAGAGUGAUGCUCAUUUCUAUUUGGUGGAGUUGGUGGAAGGAGUAGCAUAUCUCCAUUCAAAGAAUAUCCUCCAUCGGGACCUCAAACUGGAGAAUCUCCUGAUUGGCAACGAUGGGCACAUGCUCAUCACCGACUACGGUCUCUGUGCAACCCACUGCGACGCCCAAGACGCAAUUGAAGGCGUUAUUGGAACACGACACACAAUGGCUCCGGAAGUUCACCUGAAGAAGAAGUACGGCCCAGCGAGUGACUGGUGGGCCGUCGGGAUCACUUAUUGUGAUAUGCGAAGCGACAAGUCAGUCUUCGAGGGAGGAAACAGCCUCGAAUACUCGAACAGCACGGCGAAGAAACGCCCGAAGUUUCCUGCUUGCUUGUCGUGUCGAGAGCGAGAAUUCGUCACAAAAGUGGUUGUGAGGGAUCCAUGCAACCGUCUCGGAGGUGGAGACAACGGAACUGAAAACAUCAAGGCGCACAACAUCUUCAAGACUGUGUGCUGGCAAGAUGUCAUCGAAAAGAAGCUCACACCACCGUUUGUGCCGGACGAGGAGACUAUCAACACCUUCAAAUGCUUCCCGGACUCGGCAUUAGCUGCGAACAAGUUUCCGACGUUUGAGUAA